AUGCGCUCCGCAACAUUUAUCCUUGGUCUGGUCUUCGUGGCCACCGUUGCUGCUAUACCUGUGGCUCGAGCGGCUGCCGUAGAAGCAUCGGGACUUGCUCGGCGUGACGUUGCUUCGGGCGAAGAGGGAACUGCCGAUGAAGAUGUGACCUGGAACGCUGACCUCUACGCGGCGGGUGCAGGAGAGCGACGAUUUGUUCUUGAUCCCAGAGGCGAAGAGGAAACUGCAGAUGAAGAUGUCACAUGGAACGUCAAUGUCUACGGAGGGGAUUCGUUGGUCGUCGUAAGUGUGGUCCUGCCUGUGUUAGUCAUUAUUGUGACAAGUCUUCGCUUCACUGCGCAGCGGCAUAAUUCUGUCCUAAGGACACCGGAUAAUAUCUUAGUGGCCUUGAAUUGCAUUGUUCUCGUGGGUUCCGGAUGUCUGACAAUCGUUGGAGCCACAAUUGGGGGUAUUGGUGCGGAUUUGACUGAAGUCGAUACUGGUACUAUAGUCAGAUUCAGGAAGAUUGCAUUUGCCUCCGAAUUCUUCUAUAUUUUCACAGUUGGCAUUGUGAAACUCUCCCUUCUGCUCUACUAUCGCCGCAUUUUCGUGCUGAGUCUGGUCUCACCGAGAUUUCGCCGAAUGAACGAUAUCGUGCUCGGGGUGGCUGGCCUCUGGAUGCUCGCUUUUUUCAUCACCACCUUGCUCCAAGCACGCCCAAUAUCGUGGAACUGGACGGAAGUCGGGUCGGUCAGCAACCUGCAUGACUUUUUCAUCUGUGAAGCUGUGACGAACAUUGCUCUCGACCUAACUGUGCUCUGCAUGCCGAUGCUUAUUGUGUAUCGGAUGUGCAUGUCUCUGCGUAAAAAGAUUCUUGUGGUUGGUAUCUUUGGCCUGGGAUUUUUCUGUGUAAUCGCAUCUGCCAUUCGGCUCUAUUAUGUGACAAAGUAUUUUACUGUCUCGGUACGGGUGAAUCCCGGACAAUUCGAAGAUACCGUGGCAAAUCUGGAUUUGUGGUCGCUUAUUGAGCCAUGCUCGUCCACCAUUUGCAUUUGCCUACCAUGUCUGGGUCCUUUAUUCCGAGGUGGACGCAGUCCAUCGUCGUUGGUCGCCAGUAUUCGAGCUAUCUUCUCUCUAGGAAGUGAGUCAAGUUCGCAAUACCAAGUCAAUAGGGAUCAAUCAUCCAAAGCGGAGGAUAGUUUCAAACUGGACACUCUGCAGGCAACUGAACAGCUUGUCCAGAAUGAUGGUCACUCGCAACAAGAUACCCAUCACCCAAAUGUUAAUAAGUUGUCAGAUCUGGAGGGACAAGGUGCUAGGGUCUUCUCUAAUCAUUGA